GGUAUGAAAAGGCGGCCAACGGCGCAACGCUCAGUACAUUUACGCUCAGACGCCCGGUGCCACCCGACCUGCCAUGGGGAUGCUGAAGCUCUCGCUGUUCGGCGCUCUGCUUGCCGCCUGCGCACCCUACGUUGCCGGACAGAAAGGAGAUGACUUUCAGUGCCCGGAUCAGUUCGGCUUCUAUCCCCACCACAAGAGCUGCGACAAGUAUUACGCCUGCAGCAACGGCACUGCAUCCCUCAAGACCUGCGGCAACGGACUAGUCUUCGACGAUGUCGACCCACUCAGAGAGAACUGCGCCUAUCCGUUUUCAGUCAACUGUGGCGACCGAACGGAUCUCGAGCCACCAAUCAGCACGCCCAACUGCCCGCGCCUGUACGGCAUCUUCCCGGACAACCACAACUGCCGCGUGUUCUUCUCGUGCUGGAAUGGCGAGAGCUCACGCUACGAGUGCCCGCCGGGGCUGGCCUACGACAACGACCAGCGUGUGUGCGUGUGGGCCGACCUGGUGGACCGCUGCGACCAGCGUGAGGUCGCCGAAGGGUUCGUGUGCCCGGACCCCGCCGAGGUGGAUCAGCCAGGAGUGUUCACUCGCCACGCGCACCCGACCGACUGCCGCAAGUUCUACGUGUGCAUCGAGGGACAGGCCAGGCCGUACGGCUGCAGCCUCGGCACCGUCUUCAACGUCGACUCGCUUCAGUGCGAUGACCCCGAGAAUGUUCAGGGAUGCGAAAACUACUACGGGGAACUGGAUGUGAAGACGCUGAAAAAGACCCAGACGCACAAGAAGGGCAAUCGUCAAUCGUCGUCGUCGGAUGAAGCCCCGUCUUCGUAGUUAACGCAUCUCCAUCAGCGGCUCAAGACGGUCGCCACACAACAAGAUGUCCACUCCAUGUACACCCACCCGGCUAUUGUGCAUUCUGCGCUAGGAGUUGUGGCUGCUGCUCUACUCUGCGGGAUCCUAAAUUGGAAAUUUCUCGUUCACGCACAUAUAAGGAGUCUCAUUUCACCAUGUUUUUUUCUAUGGCGGUGUUCACAUCGCAGCAAGAGAACAGAAACAGUUCGACGUGUGCCCAGGAGAGACUGCGUACAUUUUCUCUUGAUUUGAGUGUAAGUUUUGCCAGUAGGUAAAUGCUCACACUGAAGCGCUUUAUGGCAACAAGCAUGCAUGUGAAAGUUUUUUUUUUCGAUGAAUAAAACAUUAGUCAUAUGGAGUACAUUGUCAACAGAAAUCAGUAUGCUUUUGAGGUGCCUAGUGCCGUAAGAAGUUAUCUCGCUAUAGCGCUGCGGAAAGCUCCUUUGUUUUCACUGGGUGCCUUCUACGGAGGGGCUUCAGCGACGCCUCCUUUCUCGAAGUGCAAUCACGAGCGGUGUCCUAUUGAAGUAAAAUGAAAUAACGUGAACAAAUGUGACAAGAGAGCAUCACGGUUACUGGCGGAAAAUACUGAGCGCACAUGGACGCUUGAUUUCGGCUGUAUCUCGCCUUCUUCUUCAUAAUAAAAUAUUAUCUCUCAACACA